AUGCUCCUUGGCUUGACCACCCCCAACGGCGCGGGGGGCGCGGGGGCCAGGAGGAACGUGGCUACCUGCUUCCUGUCGUCCGAACUUCCCUCUGCUGGUGAAUCUCACCCCAACUGGAUGUGCCCUACCCCGUGCCCUCUAACAAAGUGCUUUAUUAACCCUGGCUUCGGGGCGGGUGGCAGGCCAUGGCCACCGAGGGCCACGUGGACACACCUGUCCCCCCACCUGCUCUCUGCCCCCAGCUCCCACCCCCCUGCUCAGCCUGGAGCUGGGGCUGCUCCGGCAGGGCUGGCCCCCGGCCCCCAGGCCUGGUCCUGCCCCGUGCCCUCGGAAGCCUUCUGCCGCCCCGGUGCUGGGGCCUUGGCGUGCCCGCGCCUGCUGCCCGCUCAUGUGGUCAUCGCGCGGCCAUCCCAGUGGGAGACCACAGCCCGUGGGUGGAGUCUGGGGCAUGGAUAG